CUCUACAAGGACGUCAUGAUGGACAAUCAGCCGCCCCUCACAUCACCGGAUGGAUCCAGUUACGGGAACCCACCAGAGAGAUGUCCCCGUCCUCUGUAUUCCCGGGAUUCCACACAGGAAGGUCACACCAUCCCUCACCAUCAUCAGAGUGGAAUCCUCGGGGAUUAUAAAAUUGUUGUCAAAGAAGAGUAUUUAAAGAGGAGGAUGAGGAGUAUGGAGUGAUGAAGCAGGUUUCUGAGAGACAGAACGCUCUCUACAAGGAGCCAUCAAGUAACAGGAACCCACCAGAGAGAUGUCCCCGUCCUCUGUAUUCCACACAGGAAGGUCACACCAUCCCUCACCAUCAUCAGAGUGGAAACCUGAGAGAUCCUAAAAUUGAGAUAAAGACAGAAGAAGAAGAGGCGUAUGUGAGGGAUGAUCAGCAGUCUAUGAUUCCACACAGGAAGGUCACACCAUCCCUCACCAUCAUCAGGUAGAUGGAUCCAGUCAUGGGAACCCACCAGAGAGAUGUCCCCAUCCUCUGUAUUCCUGGGAUUCCACACAGGAAGGUCACACCAUCCCUCACCAUCAUCAGGGUGAAGAUCUGAUGAAGAUGAAAGUUGAGGGUGAAGUAGAAGAGACGUAUGUGAGGGAUGAUCAGCAAUAUAUACGGAGAGGAGGCUGGAAUGAUGAGGACAUUCAAAGAGGAGGACACUCCUACAGAGAUCAGCACAGGACACACCAUCGAGGAACCCUCAAAGGAUCGUCUCACUUUACCUCUAAGCUGUAAAAUGGAAGAUGAGGAGAUCACAAGAGAUUGUGCAGGAGAAACGACAAUGAGCUCAGCUAUGGAUGGUGGACUUCACAGUGUGGAUGGACCAUCAAAUCCCUCUGACUCUGAGCAACCUCGUACUGUGAGGGAUGGUGCCGGAAUUCAGGAGGAGGAGAAAUGUUCCUGUUCUGAAUGUGGGGAAACUUUUAAUUCUGAAUCAAAUCUUACUGUACAUCAGAGAUCUCACAUGGGUGAAAAACUGCAUUCCUGUUCUGAGUGCGGGAAAUGUUUUCUCCAUAAAUCAGAUCUAGUCAUACAUUAUAGAUCUCACACAGGUGUAAAGCCUUAUUCCUGCUCUGAGUGCGGGAAAUGUUUUUCAGAGAAGUCUAGUCUUUACAGACAUCAGAGGAUUCACACCGGGGAGAGGCCACAUUCCUGUCCUGAGUGCGGGAAAUGUUUUUCACAGAAAUCAGAUCUUGCUAUACAUCAGAGAUUGCACACGGGAGAGAGAAGCUUUAUUCCUGCCCCGAGUGUGGGAAAUGUUUCCCAUGGAAAUCACACCUUGUUAAUCAUCAAAGAGCUCACACGGGGGAGAAGCCGUAUUUCUGUCCUGAGUGCGGAAAAUCUUUUUCUCAGAAGUCAGACCUUGUCAAACAUCAAAAAUCUCACACAGGGGAGAAGCCGUAUUCAUGUCCUGAGUGCGGGAAAUGUUUUACAGGGAAACCAGAACUUGUUAAACAUCAUAGAAUUCACACGGGGGAGAAGCCACAUUCCUGCCCUGAGUGUGGAAAAUGUUAUACACAGAAAUCAGACCUUGUUAUACAUCUGAGAUCUCACACAGGGGAGAGGCCGUAUUCCUGCCCAGAGUGUGAGAAAUGUUAUGCACGAAAAUCAGAC